GUCACCGACAUUCGCCCUCCGUCCCCUCGGGAAAGGAAGGCCGGUCGACGGCCUCCUGGGGGCUUUUGGAGCUCAGAGGGCAAGUCUACAACCGAUUCUUUUCCUGCAGACUCCGAUGACCACAAGAUCGCCUUCGCCAGUGACGAAGCAUCCGGCGCAAACAGAACUCGCGUGUGUCUCGAUCUAGGCGAGCUCGCAGAUGACCACUGUCACAGUGAGGAUGAGAAGGCUUGUGCCGGACAUGUGCCAGGGCGGACAAAUGCCAUGCAAAAGAUGCCAACUGUCCCACGCAGCUUUUCAGACGAUGAGGAGGAGGCCAUGACUUUCUCAUUCUUCGACUCGGAGCGCGGUGAUGGUAAGGGUUUGAUGAAGGCCGAGAGCGGGAAGACUACCCCCUGGAGGCUGAGGGACAUUGUCCUUCGGUGUCGGGCCUCCGGCAAAGGCCUUUCAUCCCCGGCACCUGCACCACCAUCUGCACCUGAGACGCCCUCCCUGCGAUCACUGGUGUCACGACCAACAAGCAAGACUCCGAGACGUGAAAGCUUUACAGGCCCAGAUAGAAGAACUUCCAUCGAUUCUGGGGUGCAUCUGAAGGAGGUGGACAUCGACGUCGCACACACAAAGAGCUCCCAGGUGAGGCCUCAAUCAGGCAAACUGCCUGUGGUGCGCGGCCACAGCCUGGGUCAGGCCCUCUGCGAUCUGAAGAAGAAGGCCACAAGAAUCCAGCUCUGA